GUGACGCUCAAGCUAGUAGCGGUUGCCAACUUAAUUAUCGACCCUGACGAUCCACAUGAUACAUCACGGAGAAUGUACCUCAUACAGUAUCGGCAAAUAAAGCGAAGUUGGACGACUCCGCACUUUGAUCGAGACUUGUACAAGAAGGCAAAUACUGGGCAAUGAUCUUGGUUUACUCUGGUCCUUCUCGGCGAAGGAACACUCUUCCCGUUUUUCAGCUCAGUCUCAAGGCCCCGCACGUAUGGACAGCUCGGACUCCAAGAUCGUAUACGAUUAUCUGGGCCCCAUCAUAAUUGCAGUCGCAAUCAAUGCGUCCUUGUUUGGGUACUGCUCCAUACAGUACUUCCAGUAUCUCCACUCUGAAGGCGCAGGUACGUACUGCGAUCGACUACUUGUAUGUUAUGUAUGCCUGGUCGGCGGUUGUCAUACGGCAAUCUCGUGGUACAUGCUGUGGUACUAUGCCGUUGAUAAUUUCGGGUCCCCAAAACAUUUGGAAGACACUCCAUGGCCGUAUGUGACGACACGUCUCUUCGUUGUAUUAGUAUCUUGUCCCAUACAGCAAUUCUUCGCUUGGCGGGUGAAGAUCUUGGGUACAAGCAAGCUGCUCUUUGUCAUCUCGUCAACGCUCUCUAUAUCAGGUGCCGCGCUGAUAGUCGUUGAUACCAUCAUGACUCUCAGCUCUUCCGAAUCGUCACGGCAUAUGCCUGACGUUGAUCUGACCAACGUCGGACUUACCAUUGCAUCUGCAUGCGAUCUGCUGAUAGCUUUCUCGCUGCUCUAUUACCUGCUGAAAAGCCGUACAGGAUUCAAAAGGACGGACAAUGUGAUUUUGCGCUUGAUAAACACCUGCGUGCAGACUUCAUUAAUUAACGCUAUGGUCUCGUCGCUUGAUCUCGCCUUCUUUAACGCAUUCAAAAACGCCAAUUGGUGCUUCAUAUUUGCUAUUCCAAUGGGGCAUGUCUACACAAUCUCCUUGUUAGCUCUGUUAACAUCAAGAGCAUCAUUGAGGGAAAGAUUCGGGGGGAUCACAGAGAUCAACCUACCAGAUACAAUCGCAAGUCCCUUCAACGUACGACAAUUGUUCAAUAAUCGCAUCCAGCCAACUGAGAUUCGGGUUGCUGUGGAGCAACGGGUUGAGUUGGACGAUGGAACACCUUGCAGGCGUGGUGCAGAGUCCCCUGUGAAGAUCAAAGAAAUGCGCAAGUCCGGCACUAGUACUCCCGAUGCAGCUGACGAGUACGAUCUGAGAGUUGUGCCAUGAUGGUACGGUGGAUCCAGUGUUAUUCGCGAUAAUUGACAUUUAGGAGAUGUAGGCAACCUUCCGUUAAAAUAGUCCGUGUAUUAGUCGACGUGCCAGCUACGAUACGUACUUUUAUCUUCGGUCCGCACACGCAGUCGGUGUCCUCGUGGACGAUCGUCCGCCUGUGCAGACUGCUCGUUUUGAGAUUUCAACGUGAAACGCGUUUUCAAC